CGCCUCUCCCUUCCCCCUCUCGUCUCCGCCUCCUAGGCCGCUCAGCUCCUUGGCGUGACUCGGCACUGAGAGCCCCGGGAGAAGACGCGGCGGUCUCCACCUCCACUGUCCAGGCCUCGACCUUUCUGCGCCUGUUCCCUUCCUCUCCCGGGUCUUCUUUUUCUUCAGUUUCGAAGCCGGUGGCGUCGCGGCCGCCCUACUGGGCUCUCUGUGAAGAUGGUAGGAGUGAAGCCGGUCGGAAGCGACCCGGAUUUCCAGCCGGAGCUGAGCGGCGCAGGCUCCAGACUCACCGUGGUCAAGUUCACCAUGAGAGGGUGUGGACCAUGUUUGAGGAUUGCUCCAGCAUUCAGUUCUAUGAGUAACAAAUAUCCACAGGCUGUUUUCUUGGAAGUCGAUGUACAUCAGUGUCAGGGAACAGCUGCCACCAACAAUAUAUCAGCAACGCCUACAUUUCUGUUUUUUCGAAACAAAGUGAGAAUUGAUCAGUAUCAAGGAGCAGAUGCUGUGGGAUUAGAAGAAAAAAUCAAGCAACACUUAGAAAAUGACCCUGGAAGCAAUGAGGACACAGAUAUUCCAAAAGGCUAUAUGGAUUUAAUGCCUUUCAUUAACAAAGCUGGUUGUGAAUGUCUUAAUGAAAGUGAUGAGCAUGGAUUUGAUAACUGUUUAAGAAAAGACCUGACCUUCUUGGAAUCUGACUGUGAUGAACAGCUACUUAUUACUGUGGCAUUCAAUCAGCCUGUUAAGCUUUAUUCCAUGAAAUUUCAAGGACCAGAUAAUGGUCAGGGUCCUAAAUAUGUAAAAAUUUUUAUCAACCUACCCCGAUCUAUGGAUUUUGAAGAGGCAGAAAGAAGUGAACCAACUCAAGCUCUGGAGCUGUCAGAAGAUGAUAUUAAAGAAGAUGGCAUUGUCCCGCUUCGUUAUGUUAAGUUUCAGAAUGUUAACAGUGUAACUAUAUUUGUUCAGUCCAAUCAAGGUGAAGAAGAAACAACAAGAAUUUCAUAUUUUACUUUUAUUGGUACUCCAGUCCAGGCAACAAAUAUGAAUGACUUCAAACGAAGAAUACACAUUGGCAAGUUGAAAGUUAUCAACCUGUGAAACAGUAGUUGGCAAAAAAGGAGAAAGCCACUAAGGUACAAAAGACACUGGAAGACCAUAUUGCAAUCAGAUCUACAGCUCCUGGAUAAUUGCUUGAUUCUCGCCAGAGACUGUCAAUGUUUCAUUCAUUGCCAUUACCAAUAAAUCAUUGCUUUUGUUCAGACAGUAUCAGUAGUGUUUCUCUUGUAAUCUUGAUACAUGCAGUUGUAAAUAAAAGUCACUACUUUUGCCAAGCUUAAUUUUUGUCAUCCUAAAUAAGUAUUUUUGCUUUUCAUUUAUUUGAAAAUUGGCCAGCUUCUGAUUUUAGAAGAGACUUAAGUGUCUGGUAACAUAUUGAUAGAAAGCCAAUUUCUCUCUUUAGAGGAGCAAAACUGUCUUAGGGAAUUAAGGGAUGUGUGUGAAUAUGCACACACACACACAGUGAUUUUGAUAAGUGGAUUUGGAACAGCUAACCCCAUGUUCAAGUGUGUACUGACUCUGAUUUUUAUUAAAGGACAUUUGGGUAUCUGGGCUAUAGAAAUUACUCACAUUAUAGACUACCAGAAAUAAACAGGUUUAAUGAGAUUUAACUACUAUUUCCUUAAAUUUAGUUAAUGGAUUCACAAAUUCUCAUACCAAGAUUUUAAUCCUUUCUACAUAAACUUUAAAAUUUGAGUCAGCUGUUUUCUUUACUAAUAAAGGAAUGUUGAAAUCAGACAAUUGGAAAAAAUAUAGUAUAAUGAAUUCGUGAAAAAUAGGAGUUGUUAUCUUUAACCAAGUAUUUAUUAUCUGAACUACCAAAACAUGCAGUGUAAUAUGCAGAGAACAUGACUGAAGGUUGAAAAUGAGUUGACCAAAUGUAUAUGUUUAAAACGCUGGCAAAACACCUGUUCUUUACUGUGCUUUUUUUUUUUUAAUCUUAAAAUUGUAAUCUAGAAAGUAUUGGUAAAUUUAAUUUUUAAAUUUCUGAGUAUUUUUAAAAUUCAAUAUUUUAAAAGAGAACAUAAGACUGUAUAAAUUGUGAUUCAGUUAAUAAAUUUCAAGGGCAUUCUUGUCUAGGGAUGCAGUAGACAUACUGUUUGCCUUCGGGAGACUAGUGUAUUUAUACAUGUUUAUGAAAAAAUUCUGCAGAAAUUUUAGUGUUGAAAUAGUCAUUUUCUGAAACCCGAGUAUCAUUAGGUGAUGUUUAAUUCAUUUGUAUGUGAGCACAUUAACUGGUCUGUGGUGAUGUCUAUAUCUAAUGUAUUUCACAGUUGUGUUGCCUUGGGUCAAGUGGAGGCAGAAGAGCAAGAAAUAAAAGUUUAUAACACUCCUUAUA